CCGCCGCGCCCCUGAUACUGAGCGAACAGCACGAGGGCCGCCGCCUCCACAGCUCCUGCGGCCCCGGUCACCAUGAGUGAAAUUCCUACGAACUCCUUGAAGACCAUUCUGUUAGAGUUAGAAUGUCACUUUACAUGGAAUUUACUUAAAGAAGACAUUGAUCUACUUGAUGUGGAAGAUACAAUUGGGCAACAACUUGAGUUUCUCACUACAAAAUCCAGACUUGCUCUUUAUAAUUUACUUGCCUAUGUGAAACAUCUAAAAGGCCAAAAUAAAGAUGCCUUAGAGUGCUUGGAACAUGCAGAAGAAAUAAUUCAUAAAGAACACCCAGAUGAAAAAGAAGUACGAAGUCUGGUCACUUGGGGAAACUAUGCCUGGGUGUCUUACCACAUGGACCAGCUUGAAGAUGUUCAGAAGUAUAUAGAUAAGGUAGAGAAUGUCUGCAGGGAAUUUUCUAGUCCUUCUAGCUACAAACUGGACCGUCCUGAGAUUGACUGUGAGAAAGGGUGGGCACUCUUGAAAUUUGGAGGAAAGUAUUACCAAAAGGCUAAAGCAGCUUUUGAGAAGGCUUUGGAAGUAGAACCUGACAAUCCAGAAUUUAACAUUGGCUAUGCCAUCACAGUAUACCGGCUGGAUGAUUCUGACAGAGAAGGGUCUGUAAAGAGCUUUUCUCUGGGACCUCUGAGGAAAGCUGUUACCCUAAACCCAGAUAACACCUACAUUAAGGUUUUUCUGGCACUGAAGCUUCAAGAUGUACAUGCAGAGGCUGAAGGGGAAAGGUAUAUUGAAGAGAUCCUAGACCAGAUAUCAUCCCAGCCUUAUGUCCUACGUUAUGCAGCCAAGUUCUAUAGGAGGAAAAAUUCCUGGGACAAAGCUCUUGAACUUUUAAAAAAGGCCUUGGAGGUGACACCAACCUCUUCUUUUCUGCAUCACCAGAUGGGCCUUUGCUACAGGGCACAAAUGAUUCAAAUCAAGAAGUCCACACGCAACAGACCUAAAGGAAAGGACAAACUGAAGGUUGAUGAGCUGAUUACAUCAGCUAUAUUUCAUUUCAAAGCAGCUGUGGAACGAGACUCUAUGUUUGCAUUUGCCUACACAGACCUAGCCAAUAUGUAUGCUGAGGGAGGCCAAUAUAGCAAUGCUGAAUACAUUUUCCAGAAAGCCCUUCGUCUGGAGAACAUAACUGAUGAUCACAAACAUCAGAUCCACUACCACUAUGGCCGCUUUCAGGAAUUUCACUGUAAAUCAGAAAAUACUGCCAUCCACCAUUAUUUAGAAGCCUUAAAGGUCAAAGACAGGUCAUCCUUACGUACCAAACUGACAGGUGCCGUGAAGAAAUUGGCUACGAAGAGACUUUGUCACAAUGCUUUAGAUGUGCAGAGUUUAGGUGCUCUAGGUUUUGUUUACAGGCUGGAGGGGGAGAAGAGACAAGCUGCUGAAUUCUAUGAAAGGGCACAAAAGAUAGAUCCAGAAAAUGCAGAAUUCCUUACAGCUCUCUGUGAGCUCCAACUUUCCAUUUAAAAACAUAAUUCUAGGAAAUUAGUUCUAAGCUUUUUCUUCCGUUUGAGAUUCUUACAUUUUCACUCAUUGUUCAUUAUAGAACCAGUAUUGCUUGAAUAGUUAUUGUGUAACAGAAUUUUUCAUGCUAAAUGCUUUUUUAUACAUUAUGAU